AUGAUAAGCAACGAGCUGCACUACCUCAAGUAUAUCGUAGCCGACAUCUUUGGACAAUCGUGCAGUGAGAUUGUGGAGCUCAUUCUUCUCUAUGGAAAUAAACUUACAAUAAAUGAAAUUAUAAACUUGUCGAAUUAUGAGUUUAGCAUCGUUAGGAACAUUUUACUUUGUUUGCUCAUUCACAACAUCGUGGACAUUCGGAUUAUUUAUGGCAAGUCACAUGAAUGCAAUCACUCGCCAUCUGACGGGAAGAAACUGGGUCUUCUCCACGACGAAAGGGGGGGUCGCCAUGACAAGGCGCCCUUGGAAGAAGCCAUAGAGGUGGUGCAAGAGUUUGUUUCCACAGCAGCCAUGGAAGUAGUCAAAGGGGACCAACCUGGUGAACUAGACCACGCAUCCGAAACGGAAGAAGGCGUUACAUUUGUCCCCAAUAACCCCCUUACAGACGAUGUCGAUGUCGAUGAUGAUGAAGAUAGUGAUGAUGAUGACCAUAUGGCAGACAAAUCUAUGGCCAAAGGACGUAGAAAAACAAAUCUGAAGGAAGAAGAAAUGCGUUUCUUGACCUACCACGAAAAAUACAAGUACAUGAAGGGAUGUACCUGCCCCUCCUGUAUUUGCAAAAUUAAGAGAGUAGAGUAUUGGGUCGUCGUUAAUAAUAUCUACGCCCUUCUUAGAUACUCUUCCAUAUUUUACUACAUGCAUCCGACACGCGUUAAAGGGGGAGGCACUAACGACGUGACAGCGUAUCAUAACUUAUGCAGCACCUCCUCUGCGGUGGACUCAAUCCCCACCGCUCCUGGAGGUAGGAAUAAGGGGAAAAAUGUGACAACGUCAAAUGAUGCUAUUUUACCUCCAGCGGGAAUGCACCCCACCAUGAGUUACAACUUUUUCACUUCAGACUUGAUACACGAUAAUAACAGUACCUCAUUCCAGGAAGAGGAGGAAGACAGCAGUUCCGAGGACGCAUCUUCCAAAAGGAACAUUAUACAAUUCAUCGAAAAAGUUAUUCUCCUAAGAGUAAUUAAAAAUGGAAGAAUCACAAUGGAGGCGUGUGUAAAGAAUUUGAAGCAAGAUGAUUACGUAGAAGUGUGUAAAAAAGAAAUACCAAAUAUAAAAAAAAAAAAACUUAAACUAAUUUUUUUGCAAUUGUUAAAAAAAAAAUAUAUAAAAAAGUGUAGGUAUUUUAAUGAGCACACAUGUGAAAAUGACACAAGUGCUAAUGAGCCUACAAGCAAGUAUGAUCAGUCGAUAAAUUACAUUAGCGCGGGCGUCGACGCAUCAGGGUAUGCGAAUAGCUAUGCUUCUGUAUAUCACCCCAAUCGAAACAAUCACGUGGGCAUGAAGAAAGUGGAGGCAAAUUCCCAAAAAACGAACUCAGCCACGUAUGGAAAGGUUAAGACCACCAUCGAUCAUACGAUUCACACAAACCACCAAGGAUUUAACCGAACAAGUAGCUUUUUAAACUCCACCGAAUUGGAUCAGAACAACCAACACCCCAACGAAUCACUCAACAGCUCCAACUAUAGUUUCCUCUUCGCGCCAGUCGACAAUGUAAAUAGCAUGAACGGAUACAAUACUACAACGAACGCAUUCUCAAAUGAUAGCAAAAAACAGGGCACGAAAAUUAUGAGAGAUGCGAUAGGUAUCGCUGACAACGCGAAACGGAGGAAAACAACGGAAAAUGAACAAGGGGGAAAUCAAAAUUGUAGAAAUUUUACCAACAACGAUUCCUUCGAUGGGAAUAUAUUCUCCAUGAAUGGAGAGAAGAACAGAAGUUCGGAUCCACUCAGUAGUAGUAGCUACUUGAACGAGGAUAAUAACAGCGUCAUAAGUAGUGCUUACCCAGGGGGAGGAAGUUCUUAUCCAGGAAGUAGCUCAUACAUGGGGGGAGGGGAAAGUUCCUAUCCGAGGAGUAACACCUCCUUCGAUCGCUCUAACAUCAUCAAUGUUCAAACGACAGACAGGAACAAUGGUGCACCCAUGAGAAGAGAAAAUCCAUACGAGUAUUUAGACCCCAGGGGAAACAUAGGGGACAAAUAUACAAAUAAUGAUAACAUGCAAAAUGAAAUCCUGGAAUAUCUGGACAACCGAUUUACAUACUUCCAGGCGAAUAACGAAGUGCUUACCAUUCUGUAUCUAAAACAAGAAUGUUUUAAUUUUAUAACACAAUAUUACAAUUUUAACGAAGUCGAAAAAGGCAUAUUUUUCUUUUUAUUAAAAAAUGUGCAACUGAGUUACUCAGUUGAAGAAAAUAAUUACAAACACACACCUUCAUUUUGUACCUUUGAUAGUGUGGAAAAAUACGUAAUAGCAAAUUUCAAAAAAAAGAAUAUGUACAUGGACAGAAAUGUCGUCUUACAAAAUUUAAAUAACUUAAUCAAAUAUCCAGACCAGUUGGUAAAAACACAAUGUAAUGAAAUGAUAACUUACGCUGCCGAUUUUUGCAAUAUUAAAAAUAUUUACAAAAAUAAAAUUACAACAAGUAUUAUAGAAAAUAUGAACGGGUCAGGUGCUUUACGUAUUUGGAACUUUCUUAUAGCAACACCUGAAGAGAAAAUUAAUGAUGAAGUGAUAAGUGAAAAUGUUUUAAUCCCACUAAAUGAUGUAAGAAAAAAAUUGUAUAAUUUGCUUUACCAUGGUUACAUCAAGUGUCAUGAGUGCAACAACAGUAACGUUAACAAAACGUACAUUAAGCACUCCUUGUCCUUCUCCACCAACCUUUAUUACACAACGAAUAAAAUAAAGGAAAAUUUGUUUACCAUCGCGAAAAAUAUUUACAUACGGAAACUCCACGAGAAUAAUGAAAUUAACACGCUGCAUAAUAAGUCCAACAUGUGCGUGAACGAGAUAGAUAAGGACACCCUGGCAGAAAUGCGUACUGCACAGGGCACUUCCUCUGGACAGAACGUAUCCACCAAUCAAACUUCCAACACAGCGAACAGAAACCAUCAGAAUAAAAAAAAAAUUAGCUUGACAUCGCGCGAGUAUGCUGUGGACUACCUGGAGAUAAGUUUAAUUAACCUUGACAAAUUAAUUUUUAUUUUUAACUCAUAG